UGGCAGCGGGGACGCUUAGGCAGGGCCUGAGUCCAGCUUAGAGGCCAAUGCUCCUCCCGUCCUUUGCAUGGCACCCAAGAAAGAAAAAGGCGGGUCCGUGAACACCAGUUCUAAGACAUGGGAGCCCUCGCUCAUAGCGGCACCGUUCAACCAGAACGACUGGAAGGCCUCCAUUGCUUUUGUGGUUGGAAACCAGAUUGAGGACGACCUUCUGAUUCAGGCCCUCACCCUUGCCGUCCAGGCCCCCCAGCGGAAGCUCUUCAGUAUAGUCUCGUGGGAAAACGUUCUGCGGAAGAUAGAUGAAAUUAAUUCAACUAUUGGAAGUGUCUCAUCUAAAAAAGCAAAAAAACCUGGAGGUGGUGGAAGUAGUAGUGCUCCCGUAUUUUAUGAGGUGUUAAUGGCAGCAAAAGCAAUUAUGGACAAUGGAGAAACAUUAACCUUACCACUGAUAGGGAAACUCUUGAAAUUUGAACUUCUCCAGAUUAAAUAUAAGGAUGAAGAGCGGCGGGAAAAUGAAAAGAAGGUGACAGAAGACAAAUUUAAGUUAGAAAAAGAUAAAGGGAAAACAAAAUCUCCCAAGGAGAAGAAGUCUGCAUCAAAGGUUGCCAAAGGAAAAGGAAAGGAACAGCCUGAGGCCAACACAACAGUGAAAAAGAUCACGCAGUUAAAAAGGAGGGGAGAAGAUGAAGACAGUAAAUCUUACAUUGAUGAUGAGCCAGAUGAUGGUGCCGAACAUUACAUUAUAGUUGUGGGCUUCAAAAAUCCUCAGCUAUUAGCAAUUAUGACUGAGCUUGGCAUUUCUAUAACCAGCGUGAUUAAAAUAUCUGCAGAGAAUUAUGAGCCUCUGCAGAUGCACCUGGCAGCACUUAGCCAGCAGCAGGAAGUUCUUCUUCAGCCAGAAGAUAUAGAAGCUGAAAACUUGAAGAAAAAGGAUGCUGUAAAAGAACUUAAAGUGUUCUGGAAGUACUUGGAACCAAUCCUGAAUAAUGAGAAACCUGAAACAAACCUCUUCGAUGUCGCUCGGCUUGAAUACACGGUCAAGGCAGCUGCUUUUCCUUCUGACUGGUCAGACAAUGAGAAAAUGCUGGAAUUGGGCACUGAAAUUUUUGAAAAUAUUGCAUGUUUGAUGUACGAUACCCUGGAUUGGAAAAGGCAGCACCAGCACUAUCUGGAAAGCAUGCAGCUCAUUACCGUCCCUCAGGUGGCCACUGAAAAGCCUGUCUUAGAAGCCAUCCCAAUUUCUGAGGCUCCACAGCCUGUUGCCCCAACCCCGGGAAAGAAGAAAACACAAUACGAAGAACCACAGGCUCCACGCCCAGGCACGUCGAGUCUUAUCACAACUGAAGUAGACAUGCGAUACUACAAUGAUUUGCUGAAUCCAAUUCCGGAGGAAUUCACUUCCGUGCCCCUGAUACUGCAUUGCAUGAUCGAACAGGUUGUGGCAAGUGAGGAAGAUCUUGUCCCACCCAGCCUGCUGGAGCCACCCCCCAGGGCCGACGGGCUGCACCACAGAAUCGCAGCUCACAUCGUGUCCAUCCUGCCUUCACUCUGCCUCUCGGAAAGGGAGAAAAAGAAUCUCCAGGAAGUAUUUUUAUCUGAGGAAGAGAGAGAAAACAAACCAGGGCCCAUAGGCCCUCUCCUACUGAACUACCAUGACGCACACGCUCACAAGAAGUAUGUACUAAAGGACCAGAAGAAUUUUGACCCAGUUCAAAUUGAGCAGGUGAUGCAGUCCAAGUUACCACUGUGGGAAUUCCUCCAAUUCCCUAUGCCGCCUCCAUGGAACAGCACUAAACGUCUAGCCACAAUUCAUGAGCUUAUGCACUUUUGUACAAGUGAGGUCUUGAGUUGGAAUGAAGUAGAAAGAGCCUUCAAGGUGUUUACAUUUGAGAGCCUGAAGCUCUCUGAGGUUGAUGAAGACGGGAAGCUAAAACCUUUGGGGAUGACGUGUGGAAUGGACUCUGAAAUGUUCAACAUACCAUGGGACAACCCUGCCAGAUUUGCUAAGCAGAUAAGGCAGCAAUACAUCAUGAAAAUGAACACCCAAAAGGCAAAACAGCAAACAGAUAUUGAAACCAAAGACAAAAUAAUAUAUAUGAAUCCAAAUUGGCCAAUGUCUGGGCAAGAUUAUGAGACCGUUGGAGAAUCUUCACAUCAUGAUCAGACUGAUAAUAACAAUAUGAAGUAUUCUGACUUGAAUAAUAUGAAACCAUUAGGCCCUAAUAAUACAGAACUAUCAGAGCAGGAGACCAGUGAGAAGACUCAGCCCCAACCUGAACCUUUGGAGCAGACCACGAAGGAUGAGAUCAAAGACGAUGCAGUCACAAAGACUGAUUCCCUCGAAAAGAAACCUAAGAAGAUGAUGGUGGAAGCAGAUUUAGAGGACAUCAAGCGAACGCAGCAGCGCAGUCUGAUGGACUGGAGUUUCACUGAGCACUUUAAACCCAAGGUCCUGCUCCAGGUUCUUCAAGAAGCCCAUCAGCAAUACAGGUGUGUUGAUUCUUAUUACCACACCCAAGACAACUCUUUACUUUUAGUCUUUCAUAAUCCGAUGAAUAUGCAACGUCAGCAUUGCGAAGAUUGGAAGGUUGCUCUUCACUCCAAUGUUGGAUUCAGGAAUUAUUUGGAACUUGUUGCCCAUUCGAUCCAAGACUGGAUCACAAAGGAAGAAGCCAGGUAUCAGGAAAUGAAAAUGACUGAGGACCUCAGUAGGACUAAGGCUGACGUGGAAUUGAAAUCUGUUAGUGCCAAAAUGUCUUCUGCUAGCAAAAUUUUUUCCCCUAAAAAAUCUAAAAGCAACAAAGUAAUCAGCAAAACAGAAAUACCAGAUCAAGAAAAAGAAAAAGAGAAGGAGAAAAUUCCUUUCAUUUUAGAAGGCUCUCUGAAGGCAUGGAAAGAAGAGCAAGAUCGAUUAGCAGAAGAAGAACGAUUAAAGGAAGAAAAGAAAGCAGAAAAGAAGAGUAAAGACACUGGUAAAAAGAAAGGCAAGGAUAAGGUAGAGAAAGAAGACAGAACUCUGAAGAAAAAACCUUCUUUCAAGGAUAAACCUAAAGAAGAACAAAUAAAGAUCCAUGAAGUAAUAGAAGAGACCCACCAGGAACCAGAACCUGAGAUAGUUUACCCGUUUCGAGGAUAUAAUAUGGGAGAUAUUCCAAUCCAAAUCUCAGGGACAAAUCACUAUCUGUAUCCUUCUGAUGGAGGUCAGAUUGAAGUCGAAAAGACAACAUUUGAGAAAGGCUCAACUUUUAUCAAAGUGAAAGUGAGAAAGGACAAGCACAAUUUUAUAAUUCAUUUAAAAGACCCUAAAGAGAUUAUAAAAAAGGAAAAUAAAGAAGAGGAUUAUUAUUCAGAAGAAGAGAAGGAAGAAAGAGAUGAGGAACAGGAUCUUGAAGCAGAAGCAUCACAUGCAAAGAAUAAAGCUGUCAGCAAGUUUGGAUCUUUUUCUGCCACCUUGGAAAAUGGAAUCUGCCUCUCGAUAAGUUACUAUGGAUCAAGUGGAAUGGCACCAGAAGAGAAAGACCCUGAUUUAGAACCAAUGUUGAACAUUCCUUCCGCACUCACUCCAACAGCAGUUCCUGCUGUAGUGAGUAUCCCACAAAGCAAAGCAAAAGGGAAACCAAAAGGCAAAGAAAAACCCAAAGAAUCCCUUAAAGAAGAGGAACACCCUAAAGAAGAGGAGAAGAAGGAGGAAGUAGAACCAGAGCCUGUUAUACAAGAGGCCGUUUAUGUUCCCACCUUCCAGAGCCUAAAUGUGUCUUGCCCCAAUGGGCUCCUGUUGACUUUCAUUGGCCAAGAGCCUCCAGGUCAGUGCAUAACGGAUGAAGAACCCACCUGGGACAUCAUGGUCCGUCAGAGCUACCCCCAGAGGGUGAAGCACUAUGAGUUCUAUAAAGCAGUGAUGCCACCAGUGGAACAGGAGGCUUCCAGGGUCAUCACCAGCCAGGGCACUGUCAUCAAAUAUAUGUUGGAUGGAUCCACACAGAUUCUCUUUGCAGAUGGUACUGUGAGCAGUAGUCCCAAUUCACGUCUUAUAUAUCCUCCUCCUGAACCCUCAGCAAGCCCUUAUAGUGGAGACUUGACAGACUCAAUUUCUCAGCAAAAAUCAGAAACAGCACCAUCUGAGAAUGCCAUCCCAAAGAAAGGAAAAGGUCACAAAAAUCAGUCAACAGGGUCACAUAAGAGCGAAAUUCAUGAGCCUCCACCAGAGAUAGUCCACACGCCUGUGGACAUUCACAUAGGCACCUGGUUCACAACUACACCUAAAGGAAAUCGGCUUGGCACCAAAGGAGUAGAAAGAAUAGCAGGCUUGGCCCCGUUUUUAUCCUUUCAGGCCACAGAUCCUGUCAAUGGAACGGUCAUGACCACUCGAGAAGACAAAGUGGUUAUUGUUGAAAAGACAGAUGGCACUCGCAUAGUGGACCACGCCGACGGCACCAGAAUCACAACCUUUUAUCAGGUUUAUGAAGAUCAUAUUAUUCCCCCAAAUGAUCAAAAAACAACCAAAGGCCCUCGCACUGUCACCAGGCAGGUAAAGUGUAUGCGGAUAGAAAACAUACACUAUGCCACUGUCAUCACCAACUGCGAGGACAGCAGCUGCUGUGCCACCUUGGGGGAUGGAACAUCUGUUAUUGCAAAGCCACGGGGAACAUACCAGGUGUUACCUCCAAACACAGGCUGUCUUUACAUUGACCGAGACUGUUCCGCUAUAUACUGCCAUGAAUCAAGCAGUGAGAUAUACCACCCUUUCCAGAAGCGUGAGCUGCUAAGAGCCAGCAAGUACAUCAUGAAGCACACUUCAGAGGUUGUCUGCGAGGUUCUGGACCCCGAGGGAAACACUUUUCAGGUCAUGGCUGAUGGUAGUUCAUCAACAAUAUUACCUGAAAAAAAAAUAGAAGAUGAUUUAAAUGUAAAUACUAAGGGCUAUGACAGUUUAUCAUCUAUUUACCUUCAAAAGAAUCAUCAGCAAAUCUAUGGUGAACAUGUCCCCAGGUUUUUCAUUAUCUAUGCUGAUGGAUCAGGAGUGGAACUUCUUCGAGACAGUGACAUAGAAGAGUAUCUGUCUUUGGCAUACGGAGAAUCAACUACGCUUGUUCUUCAAGAGCCGAUGCAGGAGCAGCCAGGUGCCCUGAGCAUCACAGUCCUUCGCCCUUUCCAGGAAGCAACACCAUGGCUAACGAAGAAGGAAUUGAAUACAAUAGUUCCUCCUAAUCUCCAGUCAAGGUCAUGGGAAACAUUUCCCCCGGUUGAGAAAAAAACUCCAGGACCUCCAUUUGGCACUCAGAUUUGGAAGGGCCUCUGCAUUGGGGCCAAGCAGCUAGUGAGCGCCCCGGCCCCCAUCCUUAAGGGCCCCAACGUGCUCCAGAUGCGCCAGUUCAUUCAGCAUGAGGUCAUAAACAGUGAGGUGAAACUGAGGCUGCAGGUUUCCCUGAAGGAUUAUGUAAACCAUAUUCUAAAGAAAGAAGAUGAGCUACAGGAAAUGACAGUUAAAGAUUCCAGAACCGAGGAGGAGAGGGGCAAUGCUGCUGACCUCCUCAAGCUGGUUAUGUCUUUCCCUAAAAUGGAGGAAACGACAAAAAGUCAUGCUACUGAAGUUGCAGCCCACCUAAUCGAUGUGUUCAAGCAAUCUGUGUCUACUGCUCGAAAAUGUCCACCAGACACACUUGGUAAAGAUUUAUUUGAAAAUAGAUGGAGGCACACAGAAUGUACAAAGCACUGGAAAGAAAAGAUAGACCAAAAGAGGAAGGAAAUUGAGACAACAAAAAAUUAUCUAAUGGAUAUGAGGAACCACGUAAUACCACCCUAUUUCAAAUCUGAAGUGAGCAAGUUAUUUCAGUCUCAGGGUAAUUAUCUGGAUAGCCUUUCCAAAAAACUGCCUCCUUUUGCAAAGAAAGAUGAAGAUGCAGACAAAACAACUAUUGAAGAUAAAUAUGAUCUUCCCCCAGGUUUUCUGGAUGCCAAGUCAUGUGAGGUCUCAGAACAGGAUUCUUCAAGUGCACUUAGUCUUCCAAAGGCAGAGAUAUCUGAGGAUAUGGGGGUGUCCACUAGCCAGAAACAAACUGAAAAUGUAACAAAAUCUGCUGAAGAGGCAGAACCUGGUGUGCCUGUGAACAUUCCCACCCAGUCAUUGCUGCAGGAUGUUACAGGACAAGCAAGAAAACAAAAAGUGAAGUUGCCUCAUUAUUUGCUGGGUUCCAAGCCCAAAUCUCUACCGCUCACAAAGGUACAAGAUUCUGUUGGAGGAAAAGUGAAUACAUCCUCUAUUGCAUCCGCUGCCAUUAAUAAUGCAAACUCAUCCCCUUUCGGGUUUCACCUUCUCCCACCAUCAGUGAAGUUUGGGGUGCUUAAAGAAGGACACACCUAUGAAACUGUCGUCAAGCUCAAGAAUGUUGGGGUGGACUUCUGCAGGUUUAGGGUGAAGCAGCCUCCAUCCAGCACGGGACUGAAAGUGACUUACAAACCCGGGCCUGUGGCUGCUGGUUUGCAGGCAGAACUGAAGGUGGAGCUAUUCGCCAUGGCCAUUGGAGAAGACGGCGCCAAGGGGGCAGCACACAUCUCUCACAACGUGGAGAUUAUGACUGAGCAUGAUGUUUUGCUCCUACCUGUGGAAGCAACAGUUUUAACAAGCAGCAAUUAUGACAAGCGACCAAAAGAUUUUCCCCAGGGAAAAGAAAAUCCCAUGGUCCAGAGAACUUCUACCAUUUCUUCCUCAACUCUUGGAGUCUUCAUUUCUCGUAACGUUACCUCUCAUUAG